AUGCCUUCAGGCUUUUGGGAUUAUAUUCAUUUAGGUAGGACAAUGUCUCAGACUGACAAUGACGACGAUCCGAAACAUCAUAAUCUUGAAGAAGGUUUGUUUCAAAUUGCAUCACAAACCUGUAACAUUCUGGUUCAAGUUAAUAACACAAACAACAUUAAUCUUGGACCAAACUUUCAAUACGAUAACUUUGCGAGUAAUUCGAAGUUUCCAGAAGCUACGACUUCAUCAAGUACAACUCGUAAAGCAACGUUCUUCGAUAUGGAACAAAGUGUAGUUUUACUUCAACCUAAACAGAGCAAACCACCCACACCUUCUUCUGUCAAUAAAGGAAGAUUUCAUCGCCUCUCCGAAUACAAAAGACGCUUAUCGCGAAAAACCGAAAGAAAAGCUCCUAGAAAACUGAGUAGAAGGGAAAAAGGAAAAGUAACCGAAAAUUUAUAA